AGCAGCAGGUUUAAAACAAAGAAAAACGGACCGAAAGGACCCAUAAAUCCGGUUUAAAAGAAGAAACGACGGGGUUUAUUCACGUUUCUUGGACUGUUAAAGAGUUUUAAAGUACUUUGACUUUGUUUUUGUGAAGAAGAAGAAGAAGAAGAAGAAGAAGAAGAAGCUGACAUUCCUUCAUCUGGGACAGACCGGAGGACAACAGGCAGAGGGCUCGCUCGUCCAUGUUGCAGCAGCAGAGAGGCAAACAGCUGCCCACCAAGCCCAGGAGGAGAGCCUGAUCCUGGGCUUAGAGAGCCAGCUGAUGCCCCUCCCCCUCCUCCUCCUGGAACAUGCUGUAACCACCUGACAUCCUGUCAAAAUGAUGGCCUCUGUGAUGAUGGGGGGCAACCUCAGGAAGGCCCUCACGCUGAGAGGGGUGGACCCCGAGACCUGCAUGAUCGUCUUCAAGAACCACUGGUCUCAGGUGGUGAAGAUCCUGGAGAAACACGAGCCGGGUCGCAGCAGCUCCAGUGCGUUGAGCUUCCUCUCCGGUCACACUAACAGCAGCAGCUCCGGCUCCGGAUCGUUGCGCCUUGGCCCGAUCCCGGCCGACGAGGCCAGCGCCGUGCAGAACUAUGUGGAGCACAUGCUGUUCCUUCUGAUGGAGGAAGAGGCGGGGCAAGGCGGAGCGAUGGGUCCCAUCCUGGAGUUUGUGGUCCUGGAGGGCGUGAUGGAGAGGCUGUUCCUGUGGAGCCUGAGGAGACAGUUCACUGAGGACAUGAAGCUGGAGCAGCUCAGGAUGUACCAGAUGCUUCUGUCUCAGGCCAAGCAGCCUCUGCUGCACCACAAACCGGUUCUGAGACCGCUCAUGAUGCUGCUGGCCUCCUGCGCCGGAGCUGGGACCGACAGCGGGGGUGCAGUGGAGGCGGAGCUUGUCCUCCUGUUGAAUCAGCUGUGUGUCGCUCUGGUUAAAGACCCCUCAGUGCUCGAACUCUUCUUCCACACCAGCGAGGACCAGGGAGCCGCCAACUUCCUGCUCUUCUCCCUGCUCAUACCAUACACACACAGACAGGGGACGGUGGGUCAGCAGGCCAGAGACGCUCUGCUGCUCAUCAUGUCUCUGUCGGCCUCAGACCCUCGAGUCGCCCAGCACAUCGCAGAGAACACCUACUUCUGCCCCGUGCUGGCCACAGGUCUGUCCGGGCUGUACUCGUCUCUACCAGCCAGGCUGCAGGUUUACAGUGAGGACUGGCACUGUUUGGAUCAGGCGGACUGGCAGCAGAUUCCUGCUCUGGUCCAUUUCCUGCACUCGUUGGACUUCUGUAGUGCUGUUACCAAGGUCGCUCAUCCCUCCAUUCGGACUCAGUUGCUGGAUUAUAUCUACAACGGCUUCCUGGUUCCCGUCCUAGCUCCUGCUCUACACAAGCUGACGAUAGAGGAGGUGAUGACAACCACGGCCUACCUGGAUCUUUUCCUGCGCUCCAUCUCUGAGCCCGCCCUCCUCCAGACCUUCCUGGCCUUCAUCCUGCUGCACACGCACGACAACGUGCACAUACUGGACACACUGGUCAGCAGGGUCAACACACCUUUCCAGUUGGGUACGGUGUCCCUGGCUCUGUUCAGGACUCUGAUUGGUCUCUUCUGUGAAGAUGUCAUGCUGCAGCUGGUAUUCAGGUAUUUGAUUCCUUGCAGCCACCUUAGCAGGAAGCAGCAGUGGUCUCUAAAGCAGAGGGACUGCUACUCCUCCAGCGCUGCCUCUUUCCUGCUCCUCAUGCCCUCCUGGUGCCCUGGACACCUCUGCAACACGAGCGCACAAUCAGAGCACAUCCACUGGCCCAAAGGAGCUGAUCUGUCAGUAUCAGACAGCGUUGGUUACUGUCGGGGCUCAGACUUUCUGAUCGAUGUGAACUACCUUCAUUACCUUUGGGACGCCCGAGAGGCCAUCUCAACAUCCCACAGGGCGUGUCAGCUCUGGUCAGCUCCAUACGAUGGAAUAAACCCUCUACCUCAACAAUACCGAUCCAACACACCAGGGAACGACAAAGACAGCGAGGACGAGAUUGCACAGCGAGUAAAGAGCGACUCCAUUUGCUCUUUGGAAAUAACUCCUCAGGCUUUGGCCCUCUCCCCCACCUUGUCCUCUUCAGAUACCGUCUCCUCAAGCAACCACGUCGGAAGAGCCAACUCGGCCCUAGAACUGGAGUGGGAUGACAUUUUUGCCGAUGAGGAUCCUUCAUUACCAGCUGUGAUUAACUCAACUACAAACGGCAGCAUGACCAUGGAGGUGGACCGAUGCACUGCCACACCUUCACCUCCUGGACACCUCCAGGAAAUGCGACGCACUGCAACAAGGCUGGUGCACGGCUCGUAUGUGGAGGAGUCCGAGUUUCAGGAUGACGUUCUGGUCUAUGACCUUGUUGCUAAGAAUGAUACAAAGGCAGCCAUUUUGGAGCGAAUCAUGGCAGCAAAUCGACGGGCACGUGGAAACAUCCCGAAUGUCCAACAAGCGCCAACAGCGGAACCAACAACAAAAGUAGCAACAAUGCUAACAACAACAGGGAGGACAGUAAUGGAAACAGUUAACAGUAUUAUGUCAACCAGGAGAAGAAGUGAGGAUGGCGGGAAAGAGGAAAGGAGGAUUGAGGAUGGAGGGCAGGAGGGAAGAAGGCGGAGUGAGGACAGUGGCAAGGAGAUGGGGAGAAGGAAGGAGGAAAGAGAAGAUGACAUGAAGAGGAUAGAUGAGCUGGAAGAGCCAAUUGGGUGUCAGUUUUACACAAAUGGUUUUGAUGCUAAGUAUCACAUCAUCGGUGACUGUGACGAUGAUGAGGAUGGCAAACCAUUUAAGCUGAAAUGCAACCUGAAUGAUUUCACGUCUUCUACCAAUCACAUGCAAGCAAUGAACCACCAGGACACACCACACAACACACAACAUUCAAGGCCAUAUUCAUUAACUAAUGCUUUACCUAAUGGGCAUUCAGAAUUUGAGCAACAUGACCCAUUGGUACCUGCGGCUGAUGCCAAAUCUUUAAGUCUGCCUGUUAACAAAAUCAACAAUAACAACGACUUCCUCACCCAAUACUAUGAGUUCAUGCUCUCUUUGGGGGUCGAGCCAGAAUGUGACAACAUCUCUGACGACAUUGGUUCGUUCAGGAGGCGGGUCAGAGCGCUGAGGCAAAAACUCGAAGAGGAGGAUGGACCUGGUGACGCUCUGAGCUCUUUGUGGAACAGCAGAGAUAAGGAAGUAGAAGAGGCAGAGAUGGAGGAGGAGGAGGUGGAGCAAGAGGAAGGAGAGGAGAGUGGUAGCAGCUGUAAGGAUGACAACAGGGGCCAUGAAGUUCCUUUUACAGGUCCAUUCAUCAGUGUUCUGUUGUCGCGCCUUGAGAACCUUCUUGAAAACUCUAUUGCUGUUAACCUGCUGGUGACAGGCAUCCUCGCACAGCUGGCGUCAUACCCGCAGCUUCUCCUUAGAUCCUUCCUACUCACCACAGACCCACAAAGCCAACCCAACGUACGAACACUGUACCAGGUGUUGCUGUCCGUACAUGCUCAGAUCGAGCGCUAUGUGGCUGCCAGACCAGAUUAUCCAGCCCUAGUCACUCAGGCCUGGAGGUUCUUGUUGGUUAAAGACCAGGACAGCAAGUUUAGAGAGUGCCUCCAGUCCCAUGACGGCGACAUCCCCCUGGACUCAUCUCUUCCAAAUGGUUCUGUUAGAAACACUCUGGCUUUGCCUCCGCUUGGUGUCCUGCCACAGUGCCCUCCGAUUCCCCCUCAAGCCAAGAGCAGAGUGUUCGCAAUCAUCCUCUACGCUGAGUUCCUGAAAGAGCUGGCAGCCAUCGCCCAGGAGCACAGCAUCGCACCUGACUGUUCUGCAGAGGAGUAAUGGGAGGGUUGUUGGUGAAAUACCCCUGAGCCAUGUUGGGAAAACACCAAGUUUUCCCACCAAUGAAUCCAAGACCUGCGUCGGGACCACCAACAGUUUCUAAAAUCCCCAAAACUACAAGCACUAAAUAAAUCACAUACAGGAAUGCAAUACAUAAAAACAAUAAAUGUUGAUAUUGUUUUUAAGCAUACAUAAUGUACACUAUGUUUAUAUACCUGGCAGCACUUGAAUAUUUUAACGAUUUCCCCUAUGUGACUAUGGAUGAUAUUUAUACAUAGACGGAAAGAAUUGAAGGAGAUUAUUUUGAACAUAAAUCAGUGUUUUCUAUAUUUUUAUGAAAUUGGUGAAAAUAGUUUUGUAUGCUCUUUACUGAAAUUGUUGCAAUACUAUUUAAAGUGUAAAACAUGACACCAUUCAGAGUUUUAUAACGAUUAAUUUCUGUGGCGGGCCAUUUCAAAAUCCAGCACCUCAUGCUAGUGAUCCAUAAACUACUUUAAUUAAACUAACUUUAAAAAUAAAGAUAGAGUCAACCUUUGAAAACACAAACAACACUUCAUCUUAUGCAUUUCAGCAUGUUAGCCUCAAGCUGAAAUGCUACAGAAGGCUUGCUAGGCUUAAAGGAGAUCUAUUCUGCUGACUUAUAUUUAAAUACAUAUAUAUAGUGUUUCGAUGUUGAUGUCCAUACUAAUCCUCUGCAACAAUUUUUUAAACACAAGAUACACAGUUGUUUGUGUAAUCCCCAGACGUGGGUUCGUGCUGCUCUGAACGAGACGUUACGAGAUCUUGGCGAGAGUUGGCCAGAACCUAACGUCAAGUUCUGCCAACGUAUCAGACCAAAGCAUGGAGCAAAGUUGUAGGACAUGCCCACCCCGGCAGCUAUUUCAAGGACACGCCCUCACUCAAAUUUCCCUACGACUGCAAACAGAGCCGGCCAAUCAGAGGAAAGAGGGCACGUGGGGAGGGUCUUAAAGAGACAAUAGCUGGAAUAAAGCAUUUCAGGAAGACGCUGAAAUUAGUGAUUUUGCUGACAGAGGUUUUUGAGCUACUCAACAGGAGUCCCAGACUGACAAAGCGAGUGUCAUAGAUCUCCUCUAAAUUGCACGCUAGGCUUAAGAUUAAACUUGAGGUACUCAGUGCACACCAGAACGACCACCAAGACAUUACAUUUGUAUCCAGAUUUAGGAAAUAAGACGAUACAGAUUUCCAAAUUUAGUUUUUUUAUUUUAUUUCCACAAUCCAUUGUCUUUUUGUUUUUGCCAUAAUAUCUUUUUUUUUUAACCAGCGUUUGGCUCAACAUUUGAAAAUGUGCAAACACUGUUUUAAAAAACACACAACAGCAUUAAGUUCAUGUGUUUAUUUCAAAAUGAACUUAAUAUUGUUUGUCAGAGCAUUUCUUAAGUUGUGUGUUUCGUCCUUCCUGCGUCUAAAGGGGCUUCACCUGUGUUUAGGUUUUACCUUUGAACGCUCAUCGUAGUCGAUUUCUGCACAAAAAAAACGACUGGCAGUUUUUGAAUCCUCUAAAAAUGGGGGAAAAAAAGCCUCUUACAUCAGAUGUAUCUUUUUUGUUGAUUGCCUGAUGUGUCUUCAUUUGCAAACAAAAAACACAGUAAAAAUGACAACGCCUUAUUUUAACCUUCAGAGAUUUUAGUGCAAAGACUGAAGAUGCAUCUUGUUGUCUUAUCGCAAAAAUCAGAUCUGGAUUUUUCUCACUUGCACAUCUGUCAAGUACAUUUCCUCGUUUUGAAUUUGAUGUGUGUGAUUUUUGUUUUGUCCUCUCUCACCUCAAGAGAUAUUUGCUGUAAUGCCCUUAAGGUGUUUACCUGUGCUGCAUUCAAGGUCAAGUGCAAAAGAAGGUAGAUUUGAGCUCCCCAUUUUAGAUAGAACAUCCUUUAAGUAUGACCAAAUGUUGGAUUCUGGACUGUGCAUUGUGUCUCCAGCAAAUCUGUACUCAGCAACACUAUCCCCCCUCCUUGCUGUGUGCUGGUACUGCCACCUGCUGGUGAACCACAGCUGGGACACGUUUCUUCUAUACACCCUGUUGUCUCUUCUUUGGAAUGAAGUAUUGCUACUAUGCUGUAAAAAAAAUAAUGAAAAUAUAUUUUUUGAAUGGAAAAAAAGGCCAUAAUAAAUCUUGAAGAUCGUGAA